GGUGGCGGAGUCUGGAGAAGACGCGCAGAAAUGGCACCUCGCAAGGGGAAGGAAAAGAAGGAAGAACAGGUGAUCAGCCUCGGACCUCAGGUGGCUGAAGGAGAAAACGUAUUUGGUGUCUGCCACAUCUUUGCAUCCUUCAAUGACACUUUCGUCCACGUCACUGAUAUCUCUGGCAAGGAAACCAUCUGCCGUGUAACCGGUGGGAUGAAGGUGAAGGCUGACCGAGAUGAAUCCUCGCCAUAUGCUGCUAUGUUGGCAGCCCAGGAUGUGGCACAGAGGUGCAAGGAACUGGGCAUCACUGCCCUCCGCAUCAAACUCCGGGCUACAGGAGGAAAUCGGACCAAGACUCCUGGACCUGGGGCACAGUUAGCCCUCAGAGCCCUUGCCCGCUCAGGAAUGAAAAUUGGGCGGAUUGAGGAUGUCAACCCCAUCCCCUCUGAUAGCACCCGCAGGAAGGGGGGUCGCCGUGGUCGCCGUCUGUGAACAGGACUCUUCAAAUUAUUUUCUGUUAAAAU